CAUUAGUAAAUUAUGGGCUUACGGGUCGGGGUAAACAGGAUUCCGGGUCGAUUCAAGAGAAAUAAAAUUGACCCCAAAGAUCAGGGAUUAGGGUAUAGACUCGAAAGGAAGGAAGGUUGUAAAAGUCUCUCAACUCGAAAAUAAUGUUGUUCUUUUCUUACUUCAAGGAUUUGGUUGGACAAGAAGUAACGGUUGAGCUGAAGAACGAUCUAGCAAUCAGAGGGACUCUUCAUUCAGUUGAUCAGUACCUCAACAUCAAGCUCGAGAACACUAGGGUUGUUGAUCAGGACAAGUUCCCUCACAUGCUUUCGGUGAGAAACUGUUUCAUCAGAGGAUCAGUGGUGAGGUACGUACAGUUACCUCCUGAUGGAGUCGAUGUUGAUCUACUUCAUGAUGCCGCUAGAAGAGAAGCUAGAGGCGGUUAAUUCCUCCUCCUCAUUGUAUCUCCAAACUUAAUCUCUUGAUUAACAAGACUGGCUUCUUUUUUUUUUUCUCAUUUUCAUGUAAUCCCUUGAUAUGUAAUGAAUCUUGUUCCCUUAUCUCUGUUAAAGAAUAAUCUGUUUUGUUGAUGAAAAAAAUUUAGAGUCUUCAAAGAACUGCA